UCGCUCCAGAAGACGGCAGUAUUGGGUUUCGAUCCGAGUUGCAUUUGUUACCUCUUUUUGUUACACGUUGACUGUCAACAGUACAUUACUAUGGUCUGUUUAGUGUAGUUAAAUUAUUUUUCAUGGUUUUAUGUAUUUGUGCUUUCUGCGACUUGUUUUAAGUGUUGUGCUAGCUGACUGGAAAACUGUUAGCAUGCUAAGUUAAGCUAAUAUCUGCUAGCCUUUUGAACGUCAGUUAGCCGCUGCCUGUCUCCACACAGCUGACUAUGACUCUACCUACUCGAAUAUGACUAGUUAGCCCAACAUUUAACAGAUACUAUGAUUAAAUGUUUACCAAAGGAGGUACAGGGGAAACUCCGCUCUGGUGUCGCUAUCCCAUCCCUGCAGCAAUGUGUGGAGGAGCUCAUCCUGAACAGCAUCGACGCUGGAGCGACAUGUGUGGGAGUCAGGAUGGACAUGGAUGCGUUCAAAGUUCAGGUAAUAGACAACGGUGCUGGACUGAGCUCCGAGGAUAUGGAGUACGUGGGAAACAGAUAUCAUACAAGCAAAUGUCACUCCGUGGAGGAUCUGGAACAUCUCAGGUUUUAUGGUUUCAGAGGUGAAGCCCUUGCAAGUAUAGUCUCUUUAGCUACACUUGUUGAGAUCUCAUCCAGGACUAACUCAUCUGUGAAAACACAUGUCAGAAUAUUCAAGGAUGGCAAAGGUUUGGCUGUCUUUGAAGCAGAGACAUCUCGACCAUCUGCUGGGACAACUGUUGUCAUUUGUAACUUCUUCCAUAAUAUGCCAGUCCGGAGGAAGAGGAUGGAUGCCAUCUUGGAAAGUGAGAGGAUCAGGCACAGAGUGGAGGCUAUUUCUCUGAUGCAUCCUUCUGUCUCUUUUACCCUGAAAAAUGACUGUACAGGAGUCAUGACAGUGCAGCUUCCUAAAGCCAGAAACACCUACCACAGGUUUGUUCAAAUCCACAGCCUCGGGCGAGCACAGAAACUGGGAGAAAUCAGCUACACCCACAGGCAGUUUGAGGUGAUUGGAUACAUUGGCCGAGAAGGCCACUACAACAACAGCCUACAGUUCCUGUAUGUGAAUGACAGACUGCUCCUGAAAACACGCAUUCAUAAGCUUCUGAAUUUUCUCCUACGCAGACUGAGCAGUACAAACCAGAAAAAUGACAAUCCAGAUGGACAGUCUGCCACUAAGAGUCCAAAGCACAAACGUAGCCAAGAGCAGUAUGGAGUUUAUAUCGUUAAUAUAAAAUGCUCUUACUCAGAGUAUGACAUUUGUCUUGAGCCUGCCAAAACUCUAAUUGAGUUUAAAGACUGGGAUGGCCUUCUGGUCUGCGUAGAAGAGGCAGUAAAAGCUUUCCUGAAGAGAGAGAACUUGAUGUCUGUGGUUUCUCAAGAUAACUUUGAAGAUUACGUAUCUUCACAAUCAUUUAGCACUGACCGUACAAACCAAGAAUCUUAUGUGAAUGACAAAGGUGUCCACGCAGCCAGUAGUAGUUCAAAGAUAGACUGCAGCAUUGGAGUGACACUAGCAUCUGAAGCUGUUCAUCGGAAAUGCAAUUACAUUACAUCAGUACAUGGCAAGCAGUCCAAUCCACUGGAAUAUAAAGAUGAAGAAGAGCUACAGCAGAAAAUGGUAUCUGCAAAUGACUUGGAUAACAGUCAACUUUCAAGUCAAGAAUGCCUCAACAAAGAGUCUGAUAAAGAUGAAUCGCGGUGUCACCUGGGAACUGCCACAACUGAACCUGCAAUGGAUGACAACAGUAACGUUGAAGAACUAACUUUAAGUAAAGCUGAUGAAUUUUCUCACAUUUCAUGUGUAUUAACUUCAGUUGAGCAAAUAGAAAACAAGCAACUAGAACCUCCAGAAGAAAGAGAUAUGAAUAUUACAAUUACUAACUCUGUCAAUCAUCAGAGUUCAUCUGAAAGCAUCACUAAAGUAACUCAACCUGAUCCAAAAUGUACUGAGCCAAUUCUUCCUGGCUACCACCACACAGAAGGACAUCAACAGACUUCAAGUACUAGAAAAAUUACCAUAUCAGAACCAUUCAUUCAUGAAAGUCUGCAAAUUGAAGAACAGCCUGAGUCUGCAUGUCAGCAGCAAGAUUUAUCACAGAUAGCUGAAGAAAGAUGUUUUUCAUUUAAACAUAAAAUUUCACUGGUCACAAGCAAGAGAACGAGUCAAAAUGAUUUUAAUGGACUUGCCCCUGUUAUUCCCCCCAAGAUUCCUAGAAUCAUAUCUCAGUAUAAGGAGCCUGGAUCUCUUGACUGCUUUAGAAGAAUGUAUGGUAAAUGUGAUAAACUAAAACCACCCACUCUGGAAACUCAUUCACAAAACAGUGCCUGGCUCCCUCAGAGAAACAGUGUUUUUUUGAAUGUCCAUAAUCCCUUUGUUUGUAAGAAAGAUGCUACAGAUAUAAAAGAAGGCAAGAGGCAGAGCAACCUCCAAAGUCCACCAACUUUAUCAGAUUUCACUAAGUUAAAGCCGGUCUCCAGUCUAAAUACAGAAAAAAAAUCUUUGGCAGCGAAACUCUGUCAUUUAAAAUGCAAGAAAGGAGCAUCACAUAUAACAACACACAUACCAACCACCGAAACUUCCUCAGAGACCAAUACCAGCUUCAGUAGUGGUCAUGGUGGCAUCCAAGACAGCAACAACGACAACCCCUGCAACUGGGCACUGCACUGUGAACCAGCCUCAGCUCACAGCAUAAAUCUGAAGUUAGCUGAGAAAGAACAGGACACAACACCUGAUGACUGGCUUCACCACUACGAUUCAUCUGUGGGGAAGACAGUUUACAUCAACAAAGUGACUGGGCUCAGCAGAUAUGAGGACCCAGCUUUAGAUGGAACACAAGCACCCUGUACAUCUGAUGUCACUAACAUGGCAGUCAGCAUCAUCUCAGAAACAGGCAUGGAAUACAGGUGUUACCCUUUUCAGGUGGAUCUAGUGUUGCCCUUCUUGCCUAAAUCCAGGUCUGACAGGGUGUGUAGCUCAGGGCCUGAUGACAGAGGUGACAGUGGUGAGAGUUCCAACUCACUUUUCUCAAUGUACUCAAAAUGGAAUAAUCCUGUGUUUGUCCAACCUCCUUCGGUUGGUUUGGACAUAUCAAGUGGACAUGCUGAUGGACUGGUGGUGAAGAUCCACAACAUCCUGUUUCCAUACCGCUUUUCUAAAGCCAUGAUUCACUCAAUGAAGGUAAUCGAUCAAGUGGAUAAGAAGUUUCUGGCAUGUCUCAUCAAUACUAGAGAAGAAGAGCCUGCAGGACACAGUGAGACUGAAGAAAAUCUUCUAGUGUUGGUGGAUCAACAUGCUGCACACGAAAGAGUCCGACUUGAAAGUCUUAUUGCAGAUUCAUACGAGGAUGACCCAGAUGCACCAGGAGAGAGACGUCUGUCUUCAUCAACCAUUUCACCACCUCUUCAAAUCAGUGUAACAGAGGAUGAGCUAAGGCUGUUACGGUCUUGUCAGUCACAUUUGCGAAGUUUGGGCCUUGAAGUUAAGUUUUCACUGGCAGCUGAUCCACAAGUUCUUGUAGGAAAAGUACCGCUGUGUUUCAUGGAAAAGGAGAGUAAUGAACGAAGGCGGGGAAGACCCUCUGUUAUCAAGCCUAUAGUUGAGGAGUAUCUGCAAGAGCAGAUUGAGAUGCUCCGUUCAGCUGGUAGAGUGAGAGGAUCGCUGCCUCUCACUGUUCUAAAAGUGCUAGCCUCUCUAGCAUGCCAUGGUGCAAUCAAAUUCAAUGACAGUCUCAGCAAAAAUGAGUGCCACAGCUUGAUAGCAUCCCUGUCUGCCUGCAAACUGCCCUUCCAGUGUGCCCACGGUCGGCCGUCCAUUGCUCCCCUUGUAGACAUCCUCCAUUUGAGCAACGAACAGAAGGAACAACAGAGACUCAACUUAACAAAGCUAAGAAGAAUGUGUAAAGCGUGGGAACUAUUUGGAGAUAGAUGAAUGGAUGUGCAUUUUAUUCUAGAUAUGUAUUUUAAUAUAUGGUUAGAUAAAUGAACUGAAAGUCAGAAAAAGAAAACCUUAUUGGUUAAUCUUAUUUUAAACUCCAAUGUUACAUAUUGCCUUUUUCUGCUGAAAAAAUUGAAAUUUACAACAUUGAGUACUUUGGUGUGCAAAUUAAUAAUGCUAUCAAGCAUGAACAAUUGUUUAUUACAUAUGCAAGUCCAAGAAUUUCUAAAAUAAAAUGCUAUUGAUGG